AUGAGUUUCAAUGUCAAUCUCAACAAGAAUUGCGUCAAUACACAUCCAGAUUUAUCGAAUUCUGCGUCUGGUUUUAAGCUUAUCUUAAAUUGCUAUCUCAAAAUAUCUUCAUACUUGAAUGCUUAUUUUCAUUUCACCUUCAUGGUGCCAUGUCGUAAAGAAAGUUAUUUGAAGUCGAAGCAAAAGAAGAUGAAAUUGGGCAACGAAACUAGAUUGACAUAUGCUGAUGAAAUAUUCACAGUUUAUGAAAACAUAAAAAGGCGAAUUUUAUUAGACGAUUUCCAGGCAUCAUGGUCAGGUCUUGAACUUGUGAGAGUUGCGGUUUUAUUUUCUGGUCUGAUGUUUUAUGCAGAAGAACAAGCAGGGAAGAGAAGCGUCUUAAACAGAACAGGUAACAUAGAUAAGACGUUCAUAUGGGAUUCGAGCAACAAUGACAUCAAGUCAUCUUUAACCCCGAAAUUUCAAGAUCGUAUUACUUAUGUUGUGUGGGUGGAAAGGGGAAGUUUAAACUUUAUUCGAUUGAAUCAACUUUCACCAUCCGAAACGAACACUUUACGUGUUCAAUUUUGUUUAAGAAACGCUUUGUUAGAAAAUAAAUUAAAUUCCAAUAGCAAGUCGAGUGUAAAUGCUUCCGAUUCACUUAAUUCAAUUGUUGAAGAGAAGGGGACGAAAGUGCAUUUACCAAAAGAUUUUCUAGGGUUCUAUUAA